AUGGCAACAAAAAAGACAUUAAAGUGUCCGACUCCUACUAUCGAUAUAGAUGAUAAAGAUCGGAAUGUCUCGUAUGGAUUUUGGCUGGACGGAUUUAUGGCAAACAAGAACGUCACUGACAGCCUGGGCUCUGUAUUGGAAGGUGAGCGUUUGAAUGAUGCCUGCCAUGACAGUGACGUUUCUAUAACUCUUGGAGAUAAAAAUUGCGCUAUACUAAGCCGUCAUGACGACGUUAUCACGUGUGAUCCAGGGGAAAGUUUCCCGGGUACAGCAAGAUCCGUUACAGUCAAGGUGAAGAUAGGUAACAUUGAAGUGGUAUGGGGUACACUAAAGAUUAACUCGUUUUGGACCAACACAGAGUUUAUCUACAUAGCCGUUGGCGCGGGUGUGUUCCUUAUCAUCAUCAUCGCAUUUAUCGUCUGCGUUAUCAAAUGUCGUCGCAAAGACAACAGUGAUAGCCCUGGCGACAGUAUUCCGCUUGAAAUAGGGGCAACUGGUAAAACCGAACCAAGCAACUAUACAACACUAAAUCCAAUUGCUGUGAUUCAACCCCAAUAUACCGAGAUACAUACAAAGACGUCGAAGGAAAUUGCAGACGAUUUUUGCAAGCGUUUAUUACAACACGUUGGAAAAGUCGUGAACAGUUCUAUAAUAGAAAGAAGUAACAUAGACCCUGGAAAAAUAUGCACGCACAAAGAGGAAGGCGAUCUGCCAGAAUGGCUCAAUACUGGUUUACUCGAGUGCACCAUGCUUCAAGAUUUUGACAAUGACAAUGUCCUUCAAAUAAAGGGAAUCGCGAUUGAUACAAAAAAUAUCUACAUUAUUUAUCCGGCACUGGCAAACAAGACUCUAAAAGAUUACCUGAUUUCAGAGCCGCUGAAUGUAGAAAAGAAGUUGGAGAUAUGUAUUCGUGUCUGUGAGGGCAUGAACUAUCUGAGUUCACAAAGCAUUGUACAUAGAGACCUUGCUGCGAGAAAUUGCUGGGUAUCACGAGAUUUUGAGGUGAAGAUAAGUGAUGCUUCGUUUAGUUACGAUUUAUACCCGGACGAAUAUUUCCAUAGCAACGGUCGUUAUCAGCCAGUACGGUGGAUGGCCCCUGAGAGUUUACGUCAAGGUUUCUAUGACGCGAAAUCUGAUGUUUGGUCCUAUGGGGUUGUCAUUUGGGAAGUGUUUGCCAAUGGAUACCUGCCGUACUAUGACAUCACCGACAAUGCGAUGAUAAAAAGCAAAGUGUGUGACGAGCACUACAGACUUGGUAAACCUGUAGAUUGUGAUGACGCCGUGUUUCAAAUAAUAUGCGAUUGCCAAAAAGACAAAUCGGAGGAUCGUCCAAACUUCUUCAUUAUUCAAAACAUGUUCGACCAUAUUCUUAAUCCUGGUGCCUCAUUGGUCCAAAAGGCAAAUCAGCAAGAAUUGGUGGGACACAAGACAGGAAGGGAAACUUAUGAGAAUCUUAGAAUAGUCCCUCCUUCGCGGCCACCAAAAGGUCAUAGACCCUAA